UCGCGCUACGUUGCGCUCGCGCAAGAGGGCGUGGGCUGGCGGCGCCGGGUACGCGCAGGGAGCGCGCGCCCCCGAGCAAGGGAAGGAGGGGCUGGUGACAGUGCGGAGCGAUUGCCAGCGUCCGCGCCCCGGGAGCGGCCGGACGGAAGAGAAGGUUCGCCAGACGCCGGUCGGCUGCCUGACCCUUCGGACUCAACCCCGAGCCGAGCGGCCGCGGCUUCUGGUUGGUUGAGGAGACGAAGCGGCCACCUCGGGAAGAUGUUUAACGUGGAGUCUGUGGAGCGGGUGGAGCUGUGCGAGAGCCUGCUCACUUGGAUCCAGACUUUUAAUGUGGAUACACCAUGCCAGACCGUGGAAGAUUUAACGAACGGCGUUGUGAUGUCCCAGGUUCUUCAGAAGAUAGAUCCUGCAUAUUUCGAUGAUAAUUGGCUAAACAGAAUCAAAACUGAAGUAGGAGACAAUUGGAGGUUAAAGAUUAGCAAUUUGAAGAAAAUUUUAAAAGGCAUCUUGGAUUACAAUCAUGAGAUUUUAGGACAGCAGAUUAAUGACUUUACCCUUCCUGAUGUGAACCUUAUUGGGGAGCAUUCUGACGCAGCAGAGCUCGGGAGGAUGCUCCAGCUCAUCCUAGGCUGUGCUGUGAACUGUGAACAGAAGCAAGAGUACAUUCAAGCCAUUAUGAUGAUGGAGGAAUCUGUUCAGCAUGUCGUCAUGACAGCCAUUCAAGAGCUGAUGAGUAAGGAGUCUCCUGUCUCUGCUGGAAGCGAUGCCUAUGUUGACCUCGAUCGCCAGUUGAAGAAAACUACAGAAGAACUAAAUGAAGCUUUGUCAGCAAAGGAAGAAAUUGCUCAAAGAUGUCAUGAACUGGAUAUGCAGGUUGCAGCUCUGCAAGAGGAGAAAAGUAGUUUAUUGGCAGAAAAUCAGAUAUUAAUGGAACGACUCAAUCAAUCUGACUCUAUAGAAGAUCCCAAUAGUCCAGCAGGAAGAAGACAUUUGCAACUUCAGACUCAGUUAGAACAGCUGCAAGAAGAAACAUUCAGACUAGAAGCAGCCAAAGACGAUUAUCGAAUACGCUGUGAGGAGCUAGAAAAAGAAAUCUCUGAGCUUCGGCAGCAGAACGAUGAGCUGACCACCUUGGCAGAUGAAGCUCAGGCUCUAAAGGAUGAAAUCGAUGUUCUCAGACACUCUUCUGAUAAAGUAUCUAAACUAGAAGGUCAAGUCGAAUCUUAUAAGAAGAAGCUGGAAGACCUUGGAGAUCUGAGGCGGCAGGUUAAGCUCUUGGAAGAAAAGAAUACGAUGUACAUGCAGAACACUGUCAGUCUGGAGGAAGAAUUAAGAAAAGCUAAUGCCGCCCGGGGUCAGCUGGAGACAUACAAGAGACAGGUUGUAGAGCUGCAAAAUAGAUUAUCUGAUGAAUCAAAGAAAGCAGAUAAGUUAGAUUUUGAAUAUAAGCGACUAAAAGAAAAAGUUGAUGGUCUUCAGAAAGAAAAGGAUAGGUUAAGAACGGAAAGGGAUUCUCUGAAGGAAACCAUUGAAGAGCUGCGUUGUGUGCAGGCUCAGGAGGGACAGCUCACCACUCAAGGGUUGAUGCCUCUGGGAAGCCAGGAGUCUUCAGACAGCCUUGCAGCAGAGAUUGUUACCCCUGAAAUCAGGGAGAAACUUAUUCGUCUUCAGCAUGAGAAUAAGAUGCUAAAAAUCAAUCAAGAAGGUUCAGACAAUGAGAAAAUUGCCUUAUUGCAGAGCCUUCUAGAUGAUGCAAAUCUACGCAAGAAUGAGCUGGAAACUGAGAACAGGCUUGUGAAUCAGAGACUUCUAGAAGUACAGUCACAAGUAGAAGAACUGCAAAAAUCUCUGCAGGAUCAAGGCUCAAAAGCAGAAGAUUCAGUUCUUCUAAAAAAGAAGCUUGAAGAACAUCUAGAGAAGCUGCACGAAGCCAACAAUGAGCUACAGAAAAAGAGAGCCAUCAUUGAAGACCUCGAGCCAAGAUUUAACAACAGCUCCUUAAGAAUUGAAGAAUUGCAAGAAGCUUUACGGAAGAAAGAAGAAGAAAUGAAGCAAAUGGAAGAACGCUACAAAAAGUACUUAGAGAAAGCCAAAAGUGUUAUCCGUACAUUAGACCCUAAACAGAAUCAAGGAGCAGCACCAGAAAUACAAGCUCUUAAAAACCAACUACAGGAACGAGACCGACUCUUUCAUUCAUUAGAGAAAGAAUAUGAAAAAACGAAGAGUCAAAGAGACAUGGAGGAGAAAUACAUUGUUAGUGCCUGGUACAAUAUGGGAAUGACUCUACAUAAAAAGGCGGCUGAAGACAGACUAGCUAGCACAGGUUCAGGGCAGUCAUUUCUGGCUAGGCAAAGACAAGCAACCAGCACAAGAAGAUCCUACCCAGGCCAUGUCCAGCCAGCCACAGCAAGGUAGAAAGGUCUUGCCACUAGGAAUUUUUAAAAAGCAUACUUCUGUUACAUAUAACAACAUUUCAGGAAAUUCAGCCAGCUUGUUUUAUUUCUCUCCUGUGUUAAUAUUUAGUGUUUCUCAUGUGAGGAUUUUACUCUCUUGUAUCUUUUAGUUACUUUGUCCUUUACUUUAUGGUCUUUUCAGUUCCUUUUAAUGUGCCAAAAAUUUGUAAAUGUACAAUUAAAAGUGUUGUAUAAUAGUGUAAUACUUUUUCUUUGUAUGAAAAUGUCUUCUUCCCCAUUUGUGUGGGCUUUGUAAAGAAUCGGGUUUUCUGCCAAUAAUUGAUACACAAUUUAUAUUCUUUAUCGUGCCUACUGUGUUACCAUACUUUAUAAGAAUGUCUUUGUUUAAAGGGAAUUAAUCUUUUUAUGGUGUAUUAAUCUGUGUUUUCGAUUGUUUUCCAAAUGCACUUCAGAUAACUUAAAUAUUUACUGUACUAUACGAAGUGGUGUCAAAUGCACUUUUUGCAAAGACGAAUACAUUGGCAGAGGUGCUAGUCAGACCGGGGGCACCUGGCCGGAUCACUCAGAGGGGAGAAAUUAAACUUAUUCUAAGGUUUGGAGUUCUUAUGUGAAAUUUCCUUCUUUCUUGCUGUAUUGUUUGCUGGCAGAAGUGAAAUUGGUGAAGAUAUUAGGAUAGAAAGUACAGAGGAUACGAACUUGGCAGGAUUUUUUUUCUUCCUUUGGAAUAUCUUAGUAGCAAAGAAUCAGAUUCUAGCCAUGCACUUUCAAUUGCUCUCCACGUGUAAAAGAUUUAUUUUCAUAUAGGUAGCCUUAUCUUUGGGGCAGUUCUUUGACUAUGCCUCAUAUGUUUUAUAUAUUCUGUGAGCCUUUCCUUUUCUUAAUUAAUCUUGGAUAGCUGACAUCUUAAUUCAAUUAACAUCAGUACAUGACUCUCUAUAUGUAAUGUUACGACAGAGCUCUUUAUGGUUUUUCUUAACUCUACCUACAAGUCCAAAAAUUGGUAAGAGGAGAGAUUUUCUUGGGUAUGUGGUUGUUCAAAGUGCUUACCUUGUAUGCCACAUUCAUUUACAUAGGUGAAUGUCUAUUAAGCAAUCAUGUGAAGUUCUUCGUCUAUAUAGGGAAUUAUAUAAUUUUAAACUAUCAUUUAUUUGAAAAUGAUCUACCUUUUGUGUUUUCCUAUAUUGAUUUGUGAAUUUGAUCCUGAAUUAUAUUGACGGUUUCUUCCAGCCUUUUUCUUGUUACAUACCAUACUUUUUAAAGAAAAAAAAUAACUGAAAUUAGGUCAGAGGGUUCUUUUGUUUGUUUUUAGGUAAAUAAGUGGAAGAUGUUAUUUAUGGACUUACUGUUUGUAAGUUCUGAUGUCACUUAGUUCUAUAUAAAAGACAAAUAAUUUAACUCAACUUUAAUGUGAUUAAGAAUUUUCAGAAACCAUAUUCAAGCGCUUCAUUUUAACUCCCUCCUCUUUUAUAAGAAUAUUGACCUAGAAAUUCAUCCUGCAUGUUUGUCUUACUUUUAUAGACAGUCUUAUGUAGCCCGGGCUGCCAUGAAUACAUGCUCCUCUUAAAGAUAGGUGUGAACUAACAUACUAAGCUCAGAGGAUUUUUUUUCUUUAAAAAGGGUAUCAGAACUUAGAGAAAGGACACUACUAAUCACAAAGCUUCUCUUUAAAAACAACAACAAAUGUCCCUCACAGCAAAUGUUGAAGCGCAUUAGGGUGUCUGCCUGGGCAGACCGAAGCAGCAAGCAUGGGAGAGUGGAAAGUGCUACACUAGGGCAAGGCACACAGGCCUGAUACUUGAGGUCUGGUUUUUUUGUUUGUUUGUUUGUUUGUUUCAAGACAAUCUAGCUAUAUUACUACACAGACCGCCUCAAAUCCUUUGACUCAACACCAUCCUCCUGCCUCUGCCAACCAAAAGGCUGAGAUUAUGGUAUGUGCCACCAUGUCCACAUGGUAGAUCAAGUUUGAAAAUAAAAGAAUAAAAAUUGGGGCCAGCACAUGGCUCAGCCAGAAGAGUAGAAUUUGUGGCCAAGCCUGCUGCCCUGAGCUCAGUUUCUGUGGCCCAGGUGACGAGGGGACAAGCACCUCCCAGGUGUCCUCUGGCCUCCACACUCAACAGAUGCAGGUGCACACACAAAUAAGUAGGUUUAAAUAGUUCUCACUCCACCUUUAGUUCACAGAAUACCUGAGAUUCAACCAUUUUUAAAGCAAAUUAGUCUACGAUUCCUGGUCUUAACAAAAUUAUUGGUUGUUGAGAAAUUAUACCUGGAGAAUAACAUGAAUGUAAAUACAGGAGACUCUUGAAGCCACUCGUCAACUAGAUUUUACCUCUGAGGUAAGAACAUCUCACUGUUUUGAUUUUUAUUUUCUACUUACCUGGCCUCUCUUUGAACACACCCACCUACCCAGAUAUUUUAUGUAGAUGUUUUGGAAAUAUCUCAAGCUAUCAGAAGGAAAUUGAGCUUCUGGUUUUCUGUUUUUGUUUUUUCAGCAUCUGUUUUGUGCUAAUUUCAGUGUUUGUAGCCUUCACUGUUGUGUGCUCUGUCUUUAAUGUUUGGUGGAUUUCCUUCAGUAAAUGGGAGAAAUAUCACUCAUGAUAUUUCAGAAUAAAAUAAAACAUGCUUUCAUAAGAAACAGCAUCUGAAUAUACUUUAGGCGACAUAAAGCCAGGAAUAAAACUUACCUGUGACAGUGGCACCUUUCCCACUGUGUGGCUUAGGUCAGGAUGUAGGGGACUGCAGUUUCCCUGGUAGAGAUCAGGGAAGUUGCAGGUGCCCUGGUGAGCAUGGUGUCUCCUGCCGGGAGGUCAGUGCUGCUGGGCUGCACCUCCACCACCACCUGUGCUUUCUAAAGCCUUCUGCUCCUCUGCUUUCCUAAAGCCUUUCUGCUCUGUCCCAUGGAUCUUGUCCUGGCAUUAGCAAGGGGAUGAGGGCACUGUCAUUGUGUCACAGGGAUGAGCUGUCACCAGCAUCUGAGUUCUUGUAAGAAGCUUAUUUUCUGUGCCUUCUAAGCAGGGUUUACCAAGAAAAAAAAAGUAAAGCAAAUUACUUUUAAAAAUGGCCAUUAUAUUCUACAGUAUACACUUAUGGUUAGUAAGAAAACAAUCCAGUAAAUAUCAUCGUUUCUUGGAUCUGAAAUGAAAAUAACUUAAUUCACUUGUACAUAUUUAAAAAUAAUUUUUAAAAACUGUGCCUGGAAAGUUGCUCAGCAUUUAAGAGCAUUUAUUGUACUUCCAAGGAACUCAGGAGCAGUUCCUGACAUGGAAGUGCAUAACCAACCAUCUAUAGGGAAUCUGAUACCAUCUUCUGAUCUCCACAGGCACCAGGCACACAUAUGACGUACAUACACGCAUACAGGCAAAACAUUCAUUCUUAUAAAACAAAUCUAUAAAAAGAAAGUUUAAACUGGGUCAAAAUUUUCUUUUGUCUAAUUACUGAACAGUAAUAAAAAUGAGUUUUGAGUCCCUAAAUAAAUGAUCCAUAUUCCAAACUUAAUCAAGAUUGAAUUAUUUCUGUUAUCUUGUGUAAAAAUCAGCUUACUGCAAUAAUUAAAUUGUAAUGAGGAUAACAUUGUCCAAUUUCCAUGAAGUUGUUUGGUUAAUGUAAUUAGAGCUCAGCUGCACAAAGUCCAGCUAGCUGGUCAGUCAGAACCACCAGUCCUGAUUUCACUGUGGUUCGAGGUGCAUGCUGUGCAAGUCCAGGCAAGCGAGGGAUCACGUCUGAGACAAGUCAGGUGAGCAGUCGGAUGCCCUCUGAGAAAAAUCUUAUUUACCUUUUCAAUAGUAGUCUGAGUUAGUCUUGUUAAGUAAAGGUGAAGUAUUUGUGAGGGCUAGGAUGCAGCUCGGUUGGUAUAAUAAUACUUGCCUAAUAUACAUGAAAUACUAGAUUCAACCCCUAGCAUCAUAUAAACUGGGUGCGUAUGCCUGUAAAGAGUAUGGAGUCAGUUUGGCUAUAUGAAAUUCUGUCUUAAAAAAAAUAAUUAAAUUGUGUGUGUGAUCACUUCUCGGCCUUUUGGCUAAGAUCAAGUGUAAAUUGUGUGUGUGUGUGCGUGUGUGUGUGUGUGUGUGUGUGUGUGUGUAUAAAAUUCUUUUGUAGAAUCUCUUGCUUUCACAUAAGCACUGAUCUAUUGUUCAAACAAUAACCAUACUUUAAGCCUUGAAAAUUUUUAUUUCAGCAUGAGUUAGUAAUCAAAACAAAUAUUAAAAUAUCUUCUUUACUUUCCAUGUUUAAUCUUCUUUUUUUUUUCAGAUCAUGUAGUUCACAAAUGUAAUUAUGCCCAAUUUGGAAAUGUGGGACUUACCUGAACAUCUAUAAUCCAUACCUCAUAUAAACCAAUCUAGUCAGUAUCUAUUUGAUUUAAAAACAUAAUUUGACCAUACAGUGAUAGGAAAAUAUUUAGCAUCGUUUUUGCUACCCUAUGUGGAACUUGUGUCCAGUUCCAAGUAUUUGGAAUCUUUAUCCUCAUAUAAUGAAGUUUUUUUUUUCAUCUAUAGAUACCCAUCAACCUGAUUCAGCCUUGUGCUUACCAGUGAACCCUAUGUGGUAUCUAGGCUCAUCCCGGACCUGGGAGCCUGAGGCUGGAAAGAUGCAAGUUAGAAGCCAGCCUGGGCUGUACAGUGAGACCUUGUGUCAGCACUUAGGAGACAGAGACAGGAGAUCUCUCUGCGUUCAAAGCCAGCCUGGUCUACACAGGGAGACCCUGUCUCAACAAAAUAAAAUAACAACAUAAAAGAGUGUGCCAAACAAAAUAGAAUGGGAGUGAGGCCUGUUAUCAACAAUACUCAAGACCCUAUGGCCAGUCCCCAGUACUGAUGAACGAACCAAUGAAUGAAUGAAUGAAUGAAUGAAUGAAGUGGGAUAUCUGAAUCUAUAACAAUUAUUUAAUCAUAUUCUCUUUUCCUUUUCAUGACUUAAAGGGCUUUUUAAAAAAAAAAUCUAAUAAAAAUACCCUCGUUAACUGCAGUCCAUCACAAUUAAAGUGACUCAAUCCUUUUGUUUGUUUGUUUGGUUAGUUGGUUUGGUUUGGUUUUUUGUUUUCUUGUCAACCCAAUUUUAUUACAUUUAGAAAGAAGUUUUAGAACUUACUCUUUUAAACUUAUUUGAAUAUCCUACUUUUUGACGAGAGGAAGGCUAUUUUCAAUGCAUUCAAUACAUCUCACACAAUAUUUUACUUUUUUAUAAUCAAUAUUUAACUGAUGGAUGUUUUUCAUUGAAUAUUUGUCCAAUUUUAACACAAUAAUGUUUUAAGUUUUUUAACGAAUAUUCUACAGGUUUCAAAAGCCUGUAAGAAAAUUUGCCAGUCACUAACUUGCUUGCUAACAGCAUAGCCAAUUUCUAACUCUCUCGGCCUCUAACCCUCUUAUCAUCAGUCUUGUGGUUAGUGUCUCAUGUAUAAGAUGAAAGACAACACAAAGGCAAUAGCAUUUCUUGCUUGUAAGUCAUUAAUCAUGUCACGGGACAUGUGUACUGAUUGUUUUAAAACACCUUUUCAUCAGUCCAAUUUAUAGUAUUAUGAAUAGGAAACCAUACAUUUUAUAUUUAAUGGUUUUUAAAUAUGAAUAUAUGUGGAUUCUCCAGUUACACCAAAUUAAUAGAGGGACAUUGGUUUGAGAAAUGACAGGCCUGAACCUAAUUAUGGAUUGUAUAUGAAGUUUGGAAAUUAUAUGGGGGUCCAUAAAUAUAUAUGGUUUAUAUAAAUUUAUGUUAUAUAAAUCUUGCAUAUGUAUGUGUAUAUGUGUAUGUAUUUGUGUGUAUAUGUAUACAUAUAUAUGUGUAUAUAUAUGUAUGUAUGUAUACUUAGAACUAGACAUACCAAGAUUGCUUUACAUGUCUCAUUCCAGUAUUUUCUGUUUUCUUACAGAUUUAGUAAUGUCCUGUAAGGUUAACUCUGAAUAUAGUAUGUAAAUGAGAAUAGAAAUAAAAAAAAAAGUAACAGAUGGCUAUUAAGACAAAUCCAUGUUGGAGAAUAGAGUGGCUAUUGGGAUAAAUAGUAGCCUAAUUAGCAAAUGUUAAGCCAAGAGAAGCACUCAGACAGUGUCUCAGUAGAUGGCCCUUAAGUUUUAGUCAACAAAAUAUUCUAUUGUUAUUACACACUUAUUUGAUAAAAGAUAAAAGACAAAAACUAAUUUCAAAUUGUCUUUAGGUGAGUAUUAACUAAGCAUAUAAUCUAUAUAUUAGUGGGAGGGAGAACAUUUUCUUUUCCUUUUAUAACUAUUAAGCAAUUAACUACUUAGUCUAACAGUUGAGAAAUUUAGGAUGUUAAAGAAACUCUGACUGAAUAAGACAAGAAGAAAUUUAUGAUGACUGAAAUUAUCACCAGCUUCCCAAUGUGUAUCUAUAUCACACUUGUUAUAGUUUACACACUGUUGUUUUAAUAUUAUUUCCCCCUAAAAAUGUGUUGUACCUCCACAAAAUACCUGUAAAUGAAGACAAAAGUGGACUUUCAAAAGCAUAUUCAAAAGUAAGCCUUUAUGUAUUUGAUUCAUUCCAUUACCACAGGCUCACAAGCAAGUGUUUGUGUCUGAAAUUGGAGGUGCCCAUCAUCUCAAAAUCCCCCUCCCAUAAAGUGGGAAUUAUUAAAACCCAAAUUAUAUCUAUUUCAAACGUAAAGGAAUUAAAUGAGAAGAACAAGCGAGUGAGUAAAAGACAAAUCCCCUGGCAUGCUGAGGGCACUGCACACACCCACAAGAUGUCUGAUCGGACUCCCCGAGAAAGCUCUGAGCUGACAGCAGACUGGAAAGAACCCACGUUCUUCAUGUGCUUGGAAGCCUCCACAGGGGUCACUGUAUGUCCUUUCCAUAGUUGGUUUUAUUAGAGACAGGCAUCUUACUUAAUGUCAUCUACCAUCCUCCUCAGUAUAGGUUGUUUAUACUACGCAGUCUCAGCACCUCACUAAUCCUGGAUAAUGCUUCCUCUCCUCUUCUGCUCUGCUUGGUGUUUCCAGCUGGCGCCUCAGUGUCAUGAGUCUGGAAAUUCACGGGUAACUGGCCUUGCUACCGUCGUACUAGAACAGUGCUGUGAAGCCAGCUUUUGGGUUUUGUGCUGGGAAUUGAGCCUAGGGCCUCUUGCACUCUAGGGCAAGUGCUCUACCACUGAGCUCCGUGCCCUGCACACCAAGUAAAAACACAUUUGAGAACUGUUCUCAUGAAAAAAAAAAAUACUAAACACUUUCUGUUUAAUGAGAUUUUUCUUACCCAUUGAGGUGUUGUCUCUUAAAUAAAAUCCUCUAGACUGUCCCUACUUGUUUUUUCCCCACUAUUGCAAAUCCCAACAAGAGAAGGAAACAAGACAUUCCAGUAAUUAAGCAAUCAGAUCAUCUAAAAAUGGAGCAAAGGUGAUUUAGAAAGGAAAGCAAUAGAGGUGCCAGGUGUUUCAGAAACAGUAGCUAUACUGUGAUUUGGUUUUUGUUUUGGUUUUUAACCUUGACUUUUUUCAUAAAUUUUUUCUUGGAAAGGUUUCAUCUUAUACUGGUAGUGAGUUUUUAGACCCAGCAUUUUUCCAUUUGCAACUUGAAAGUAGCCUUCAUGUUAGAGACCACUCGCACUGGUGCUUGUCUAAGGAGCAGUAACUCAUGAUUACUGCCAGAGAAUGGGGAGUUGGCUCAUAAAAACACUUUGGUUUUGCUUUGUUUUAAAAAAAAAGAAAAUACACGUGUUUUAAUAGUGUAAAAAGUUUGUGUCUUUUGGGCCAAGGAGUCUAGCUCCAGUAAGAGAGCAUGUGACUAAAUUGCACAAGACUACCUGGCUCCAGUCCAGAGUCAAAGUCUGGCAGCUGACUCUCUCUCUCUCUCUCUCUCUCUCUCUCUCACACACACACACACACACACACAGAGAGAGAGAGAGAGAGAGAGAGAGAGAGAGAGAGAGAGAGAGAGAGAGAGAGAGAUGAAGUUUACUUGAAGUUAAUCACAUAGAAGGAAGCAACAUUGAAAUAGAGACAUCUACAUCCAGCUUUAAGGAAAUAGAGACCUUGUUCUCCUUUCCAGUGUUAAAACUUAGCAAGCCAGGUUGGUGGCACACACCCAUAAUCCCAACAGCAGGCUCAGGCACCAGGAUCACAAGUUUGAAUUCCGAUGAGGCAACAGAAGAUGCAAAUCCAGCCUGCCUCAAAACAGAAACAAUUGCAGGAGUACAAAACAAUAUACAGUGUUUUAAGCAUCAUGUAUAUAAAUGUUCAAUGGAUAAGUUUCUAAGUGUCCUAACUUGUAGCUUUUUGUGAUCUACUUAGAGUGGGUUACAGUCCAAGUCAGUACCUUCUGCCAUGUGUGCCAGUCUUAAUUCUAGCACUUAAAAGGCUGGCAUAAGAGGAUUUCCCCAAGGCAAGGCCAUUCAGGGCUGUAUGGUGAAAUUCCACUCCACUUUAGCACUCUAAUCAUGUGUCGGUUGUUCAGUGCUCAUGUGUGUGCAGUGGACAGCAUGGAUAUAGGCUGUUCCUUCAGUGCAGAAAACUAUGCCAGAAAAGGAAAGAAAACACAGGUCAGUAACUAGCAGUUGCUAAAGGAUUUAACAGGUAAAAAGUAUUUCUUCCUUGUAAAAAUUUUGUACCAAUACUUUGGCCUUGGAAAAAAAACAAAGCCCCAUAUUGUGAGUUUUUUAGUAUAUGCUUCCUAACACAAAUUAUCAAUGCUUUAUCAAUUGAUAUAAUUAAAUCAUUUUAUAAAUCAUUUCAUAAUAUUUUCAGUCAUUUCUCCCUUUCAUAUUUUUUAAAUUGAUUGUAUUAGUUGUCAUCCAGGAGAAACUGAUAAUAAAUAUUUAAUUUAUUCUCAAAAAUUAGUAAACAUCAUGGUCCCAUAUUAUUUAAAUCUAUAUCUUAUGAAAGUCACUGUUUCUGCCCUAUAAGCUUUAAAUUCAUGUUUGGCUGUCUUCUACUUCAAAAGUACAGUUAAGGCCAGAUAAUUAGGUUAUUUGGUCCCCGGCUCUUACUUACUCAAAUGAUGAGUCAGUUGUUUUAUUCUGAAUGAAGCAGACAUUUGCUAUUACAGAAUAUGCUUAACUCAUGAAAACAUUGGAAAUAUGAACUGAGUUUACUUCACUAUACUAAAGUACGUAAUUUAAUUUGAAAGAUUAUACUGACCUUUUCAAAUAAAACUAAGGGACAUCUUUUAAAUGUGUCUGGCUGUGUUAGUUUUGUUUUGUUUUUGCUUUUCUGGAGUUUUGCAGUGUUGGAGAUCCAACCUAAGGCCUUGCAUAUUAGAGUACUCUGGUUUUUUCUUGAGACAGCCUCUCUUUAGUCUCAGCUGGCCCAGAACUCACUGAGAUCCUCCUACCCUGCGUCCUGAGUACUAGGGUUAAAGGUGUGGUCUACCACUCUCUACUUCAGCUCUAAUUCUUUUGAGUCAGACUGAGCUUAGUAGAGCCUUUACUGCACACAAGUGGCAGUGCUUUCUCUUUCUCUUCUAAAGGUUCAUGAUCAGGCAGCAAAAUCAGAACAGUAUUGUCAAUUUCCAAACAAGUCAUGAGAUUAUUACUAUAAUUCAGGUACAGAUGAGCAAAUGACACGUAUGAGUUCAUUUUUCUUGAGAGUCGAAUUGAAUAUGUAUUCCACAAAGACUCAUUGGUUAAGGAUAAUUUUCAUAUGCUCUUAAGUAAGUAACAUUUUAUUAUAAAUGUAGGAAAUGACUGUACACAGAUCCCAGUCAGUGACCUGGUACUUAACUUCCAUAACAAUUUACUUUGGUUUUUUUUCAUAGAUUUAGUUUCUUACAAUUCAGAUGUACUAAAAUUCAUUGUCAUUCCUAAGUUUGGCAUUUAUGGAUUCUAUAAUUCAUAAUAAUUUGUACUGUGAAGAAUAACUUCCAGGUUUAUUGCAGAUCUCCCAUUGUUAGAUUGCCAACCAUUUAUAACAUCCAUCUUUUGUUAUGUAAGAGAUUCCCACGAUUGAACUGAUAGUUUUGAGGUUUUAUUCCUUGUCAUUGUAAUCUAGAAACGAUGUCACUUCAGGUUCUGCAUUCCUCACCUCAACUCAGAUUUAACAAAACUGUACGUAACGGUGUUCAAGCGUUUCCCUCCUGUUUACCAAGUUUGCCAGGCUUGAGUCUCGUGCGUCUUCCCACUGUUUAGCUGAGGAAAAUGACUUAGAGACUUCAGUUAAAAAUGUAUGUAAAGUCACAAAAAUGAACUUGUAAAGGUAGGGUUUUUUGGGUUUUUUCAAUCCUACAUUUCCUUCUGGUUUAUUUUGAUUUUAUGACUGCCAACUUGUUAUAUAUGAGUGUUUAUAUAUGCAUAUAAUAUAUGUAUAUGAAAAAGUUAAGAUUUGGUCAAACUAUAUUUUCCCACUCAAGUACAAAAAACUGUUUUCAAGGCUGCAAAAAGUGUACAGUUGUUAAACAAGUUGUAAAUAAAGACUUGUAUAAAAUCCA